AUGCGUUUCGAUUACUACGCAGCGGCUCUUGUCAGCCUAUUUGGCAUAGCCCUCUCCCUAGAAUCCAAAUUUGAUCCGAUCACCCGGCCUGCUAAGGGUGAAACCAUUCAUGCCGGCACCGUUUACACCAUCGAGUGGGAUACGUCAAACCAAGGCCAUUCGGGCCCGAUUGAUCUUAUGCUAGAAAAUGGCGAAUUUUCCGAUAACACAGAAUGGCUCGAAGUUAUCAGUACCAGCACCGAUGGCAGCGACGGAAAGUUCAGGUGGAAUAUUAGCAGCGCUCUUCCAACCGGCGACAAGUACUACAUAAAGGUUGGCAAUAUCAACAAUUAUGCCAUCUUCAAUGAGUCCCCGCUCUUCAAGAUCAAGGCCUCUAAUGAGUCAACAAACGCAACUGCCACUUCUUCAACGGUCGUUAUUAUAGGGCCUGCCACGACUCUUCCUACGAUGUCGAAUGGUACAGCCACUCAUAGUGGAUCUGCGGCUACCUCGACAUCAAGCGGCGACGGUAGUAUGGCGACCCCUAUUGUCGCUGCUCCAUUUGCUCUUGUUGUCGGUGUUGUAGUUGUUGGCAUGAUGAGUUUCUAA